AUUGUUCGCUCUCGUUGACUCUUUUUGUCUUACUAUUAUUUUUUUAUUUUCUAAUAUUUUUUAUUUGAUAUUUUAAAAAGAAAUAUCACAGUCAACAUGAUUAUAACUAAAUUUCAGUUUAUUCAUUGGACAUGCUGAUGUAUAUUUCUUCAAUGGAGAAAGUCUGUAUUGUGGUAAUUGAUUUUGCGGGACUAACGACAAAUUGUGAAGAUUUGAAAGUGUUCUUAAAGCAAGUCCUUUUCUUUUUUAAAAAAAAAAGAAUUGAAAUGGCUCCUCACGGUCCAUAAUAAUAGGAACAAUCCGA